AUGGCUUUCGUCACAGGGUGGGGUCGUACCAGCUUCAACGGACAUAACUCGUUUGCUCUUAUGGAAAUCAUGAUACCACCGGUUCUAGAUAGUUCAUGUCGCAGAGUGAUGAACAAGAAAGGGAUAGCUAUGAAAACGACUACUGAAUUUUGUGCGGGAUCAGAGAACGGGAUGCAUGAUGCAUGCCAAGGCGAUUCAGGUGACCCCUUGGUCGUGCAACGGCUAGAAAAAUACAGGCAGAUCGGGAUCGUGAGCUAUGGCGCCAGAUGUGGUGAAACCUAUGGUGUCUACACCAGAGUCUCACACUAUGUUGACUGGAUUGAGGGAAUCAUUAAUGAGUAG